CUCAAACUUGCUGAUGGUGCCUUUAAUCCCCCUGUCUAUAUCAGUGAUAAAAAUGUUAAACAGUAUUUGUCCCCGCAGAGCCUCUCUGCCACCCUCUGGGUGGUGGCCUCGGGCAUCUCGGUGGCCUUGACCACGCUCUGCGGCAUCUUGGGCGACCUCCUGGCCACCACUGGCCACAGCGGUGACCGGCUGCUUCGUGCCGUGGCCCUGAGCCCCUCCGAGGUUCAACGUGUCCUUCUGUGGGCUUUGGUGGCCUUGGUGGCCUCUUGGCUACUGAACCGCCUGCUGGGGCUACUGCUCCCCGUGCUGCGGUGGCUGAAGCUCUGCUGUUUCUUGGUGGCCUUCUUUCAUGUCGCGACAUGUCGGGAGAGCCCCACCACCCAGGCGGGGUUGCUCUUGGGGCUGUGGCUUCUUUACGCCCUCCUGGGGGGGCGGCUAGUGGCCCCCCCGUCCACUAGCCCCCAGCUUGAAGCUUCCCUGCGCAGCCUGGAGUGGAAGGUGGAGGAGCUGCGGCGGCGCCAGAGGUGGGGGGGGCCCCGAAACCGGGAGGAGUGACCCCCCCCAACUCUGUUUUUGGGGGGGGACACACACACACUGCACUGUCCCCCCCCUCAGCUUGUGUGUCCCCCCCACCCC